CGUGGUGGAUUACCGUGCGCAGUGUGGACAGAAGGACGGACGGCAUCCUGCUGCUACCUGCUCGGCUUAUUGCUGUGUUUACAUUUGAGCCGAGGUUCGCCACUUGCAUUGGAAAAAAAAAAUUAAUAAUAAAAGAAAGGAGGAAAAUAAAACUAAAGUGAUGAGGGAAUGACAGCAACAGCCGGUCCUUCGUCCCCGAGAAGACCCAAGGAUGCUGCUGCUCUCCAGCCCGCGGUGCGGACGCCAGCGCCGGGCCUCGCCGCUGCCGCUGCUGCUCCUGGCCGCCUUGUUGCUCUGUGUCGACCCUGUCAGCGCCAGCCUUCCAGCUCACAGAAGGUGCCCUCAUCCUGCAGACUGUAACAAACAGGGACGCGACCACUGCCGGUCCGGCUCUACCCACUGUGGUCCGUGCUUUUCCCAUCUGCAGGAGAAUGACGAGGGACGCUGCGUGAAGCCGCACCAAAAAGGCAGGGUGACACCAUACGCCAGCCCGGAAGAAGAAAUCGACUUGAUUCAGUCUUUGAUCGAAAAACAACAAAAACAGUCCCCAUUUUUUGCCGCCAUCACCCCCCAAACAAAUGCCUCCAAACCAUCACAGAGGAACCAGGACAGACUUUCAGAUGGAGCCGGGCGCAACGCGACGCAAAUCCCCAGCACACCGACCCCCCAGCCCAGAGCCACCGGAGCUGAUGGCCGAGGUGGUGUUAUAUCCGGGCCAGCACCCAAGACCGACAGCAUUUUUGUCAUUGUUAUCUCGGUGUGUGUGGCGGUGGGCACCGUGGCAGUGAUCCUGGCUACUAUUUGUUACGUCAAGUUGCAGAAAGAGUCGCGCCUUGCCGAGAAGGUAGACUACCCUGCCUACGGAGGGGCAGGGGUGCCUCCUGCCACGGGCAACGGUACUUCGAUGGGAGAUAAGACUCUGGCCCAAAGUGCUCAAAUGUAUCACUAUCAACAUCAAAAACAGCAGAUGCUCUCGAUGGGGAAUCACAAACCUGAACAGAAAGUCACCGACAGCGAGGUCACAUCAGAUGAAGAAGAAGUGGGAGGAGACUUCACAGUAUACGAGUGCCCUGGGCUUGCACCAACUGGAGAGAUGGAGGUGAAGAACCCUCUGUUUGAUGAUUCGACUAUACAUUAUGAGACGAAUCCCAAGUGAAUGCUGAGCACUUAACAUAUACGCGCACACACACACACACACAAACUUGUACACACACACACAUAUGCAUACAGAGGCACACUGGCCACUUCUCUGGUAGAAACCUCUCGGUCUCACACUGCAUGCGUAGAAACGGAGGAUGCUGGCAGAGGAGGAGCUGAUAAGAUUGUCUUCAUAUCCGCCCUUUACUCUCCCCGCGUCCGUGCGGCUUUUUAAUACUACAAAUUGUACGUUGGGUUCCUUGUUAAUUUAUUCCUCUCACUGUUUUGAGGCACUGUCUUUUGGCACGUUAACGCUUUGAGGCCUGUUAGAAAUUUUCCUGUACAUGUUGUCAUACUCUAAGUUCAGACUUCGUCCUCCCUGCGCUGUUAAUUUCCUUCGUCUCUGCAGCUGUUUCCAAAGAAUAUCAUAACAGAAAUAUGUACCAGGUAGACAUAAACACAUACGCUGCAAACUAAGUGGCCUCCAUUGUUUUGUCGCGCAAACUGGCGACUAACAGGAAACCUUGAAUGAUAAUCUGCCAUAUCUCUGUAAAAGCGCCCUGACAAUACACAGGGCACUGGACGUGUGCACUAUUGUUGCACAUUUUAUUUCCUCUCUCUCAUAUAAGCUGCACAUUAAGGUUUUAAGAUGAUAUAUAUUUAUAUAUAUAUAUGAUCAGUAGUCGACAGUGUCUGUUGCAUGGUUUGACUGUGCUGUGUUUGAAUCAUGCUUCUGCCUCCUGCAUGCAUGCAUCCUGUUGCAGCAGGAGGGAUGUACAGUGAAAGUGACUUCUGAGCACUUAAAUGAAAAACGAAUAGAUGGCUUACACUGAUGGAUGUGAAGGUGGUUAAAUAUGGUUAUCUUGUAUUGGCCCUCUUUCCUUUCUGUCCUCUCCUUGGUCCCUGUUUAACCCCGUGCUGCAAAAAUGUACAUAAAAGAGUGAUGGCGUUCACUUUUUAUAGAUAUUUGUACAUGCAGACUAAAGAUUGGAAUUAAAUAAUUUUUACCACGUGAAAAAAA